GCCCGUUUGUGCUCUAAACUUCUGUGACAAUUUUGUGCUACUCUUAAAUGGGGGCCUAAACAAUAUCGUGUCGUUGUUAACCUUUGAUAAUCCACCAAAGUUUUCGUCAAGUGAUAACUACUGGGACCAUUUUUGUGAUAACAAGCGAAGUGACAACUGGGCACAAUGGAGGAUGGUCACGCAAAAACAGUGGAAGAAGUACUGAGGUACUUUGACGCUGACCAAGAACGAGGUCUUUCACUUGAUCAAGUCAAAAAGAAUCAAGCUAAAUAUGGACCCAAUGAACUUCCUGCGGAAGAAGGAAAAUCCAUAUGGCAAUUAGUUUUAGAACAGUUUGAUGAUCUUCUAGUCAAGAUUUUAUUAUUAGCCGCUAUAAUUUCCUUUGUAUUAGCUUUAUUUGAAGAACACGAUGGCGCAUUCACCGCGUUCGUAGAACCUUUUGUAAUUCUUUUAAUUCUUAUUGCAAACGCAGUAGUAGGUGUAUGGCAGGAAAGAAAUGCUGAAUCCGCCAUUGAAGCUCUUAAAGAAUAUGAACCAGAAAUGGGUAAAGUUGUCCGACAAGACAAAUCCGGUAUUCAGAAAAUCCGGGCGAAAGAAAUCAUACCUGGAGAUAUAGUAGAAGUGUCAGUGGGUGACAAAAUUCCCGCUGAUAUUCGUUUAGUUAAAAUUUACUCAACAACACUCCGUAUCGACCAGUCUAUCUUGACUGGUGAAUCCGUUUCUGUGAUCAAACACACCGACCCCAUUCCCGAUCCAAGAGCCGUCAACCAAGACAAGAAAAACAUUCUUUUCUCAGGUACCAAUGUUGCUGCUGGUAAAGCACGUGGUAUUGUUAUUGGAACUGGUCUGAAUACUGCUAUUGGUAAAAUUAGGACUGAAAUGUCAGAAACUGAAGAAAUUAAAACUCCCCUUCAACAAAAAUUGGACGAAUUCGGUGAACAACUCUCCAAAGUAAUUUCAGUUAUCUGUGUUGCUGUAUGGGCUAUUAACAUUGGACAUUUCAAUGACCCAGCUCAUGGUGGUUCAUGGAUUAAAGGUGCUGUCUACUACUUCAAAAUCGCUGUUGCUUUGGCUGUCGCUGCUAUUCCUGAAGGUUUGCCUGCUGUCAUUACUACAUGUCUUGCUCUUGGUACUCGUCGUAUGGCUAAGAAAAACGCUAUUGUAAGAUCCCUUCCAUCUGUAGAAACUCUUGGUUGUACAUCUGUCAUCUGCUCCGAUAAAACUGGUACCUUAACCACCAACCAAAUGUCAGUCUCACGUAUGUUUAUUUUUGAUAAAGUUGAAGGAAGCGACAGUUCUUUCCAUGAAUUUGAAAUUACUGGCUCUACUUAUGAACCUAUUGGUGAAGUAUUCCUUAAAGGACAAAAAGUUAAAUGUUCAGAAUUUGACGCAUUACAUGAAAUUGGUACCAUCUGUAUUAUGUGCAAUGACUCUGCUAUUGAUUUCAAUGAAUUCAAACAAGCUUUCGAAAAAGUUGGAGAAGCUACUGAAACUGCGCUCAUUGUAUUAGCAGAAAAAAUGAAUCCCUUCUCUGUCAGUAAAACUGGAGAUCGUAGACAAGUUGCCAUCUGUGUUAGACAAGAUAUUGAAACUAAAUGGAAAAAGGAAUUCACCUUGGAAUUCUCACGUGAUCGUAAAUCUAUGUCUUCCUAUUGCACACCUCUCAAACCAUCUCGUAUUGGUAAUGGACCUAAACUCUUUGUUAAAGGAGCUCCAGAAGGUGUUUUGGAAAGGUGUACACACGCUCGUGUUGGAUCUCAAAAAGUACCACUCACCAGCACUCUUAAAAAGAGAAUCACUGAUCUUACCGCUCAAUAUGGUUGUGGACGUGACACGUUGCGUUGUCUUGCCCUAGCAACUGCAGAUAACCCCAUGAAACCAGACGAAAUGGAUCUUGGCGAUUCAACUAAAUUCUACACAUAUGAAGUCAACCUUACCUUUGUUGGUGUUGUUGGUAUGUUGGAUCCCCCACGUAAAGAAGUAUUUGACUCCAUUGUUCAGUGCCGUGCUGCUGGUAUCAGAGUUAUUGUUAUCACUGGUGACAACAAAGCUACUGCUGAAGCCAUUUGCAGACGUAUUGGUGUAUUCACUGAAGAUGAAGAUACUACUGGAAAGUCAUAUUCUGGUCGUGAAUUCGACGAUUUGCCUACUUCAGAACAAAAAGCUGCAUGCGCCAGAGCUAGAUUAUUCUCCAGAGUCGAACCCGCUCACAAAUCCAAAAUUGUUGAAUAUUUGCAAAGCAUGAAUGAAAUUUCUGCUAUGACAGGUGAUGGUGUAAACGACGCCCCCGCUUUGAAGAAGGCCGAAAUUGGUAUUGCCAUGGGUUCAGGAACCGCUGUCGCUAAAUCUGCAUCUGAAAUGGUGUUGGCUGAUGAUAACUUCUCAUCCAUUGUAGCCGCUGUUGAAGAAGGUCGUGCAAUUUACAACAACAUGAAACAAUUCAUCCGUUACCUUAUUUCCUCAAACAUUGGUGAAGUCGUAUCCAUUUUCUUAACAGCUGCUCUUGGUCUUCCUGAAGCCCUUAUUCCAGUACAACUACUGUGGGUCAACUUGGUAACUGACGGUCUUCCAGCUACUGCUCUCGGUUUUAACCCACCUGACUUAGACAUCAUGAGCAAACCCCCACGUAAAGCUGAUGAAUCUUUGAUUUCCGGCUGGUUGUUCUUCAGAUAUUUGGCUAUUGGAGGAUAUGUAGGUGCUGCAACUGUAGGCGCUGCUGCUUGGUGGUUUAUGUACAGCCCUGAAGGACCUCAAAUGAGCUACUAUCAAUUGACACAUCACUUGCAAUGCAUUGGUGGAGGACCCGAAUUCAAGGGAGUCAACUGCAAAGUAUUCAACGAUCCUCAUCCUAUGACCAUGGCUUUGUCUGUAUUGGUAACAAUUGAAAUGUUAAAUGCUAUGAACAGCUUGUCAGAAAAUCAGUCCUUGAUUGCCAUGCCCCCAUGGUCCAACUGGUGGUUGAUUGGUUCAAUGGCUCUUUCAUUCACCCUUCACUUCGUUAUCAUUUACGUUGAAGUUUUAUCUGUUGUAUUCCAAGUAUGCCCAUUGACUGUUGAAGAAUGGAUGACGGUGAUGAAGUUCUCAAUUCCAGUAGUAUUACUUGACGAAACGCUGAAGUUCGUUGCUAGAAAAAUCACAGACGGUGAGAACUUCAUAUACACUGUGCAUUGGAUGUACCCCAAAAAUUGUGCCGAAUGUAAAAAGCUCGUCAUGAAGACAAACCGAGCGGAGUUUGCAGUGAUAAGAGUGCCUUCCCCACCAGGAAUGGAUUUUUAAAUAUUUUUUUUUAAACCAGUCUGUGGAUGUAAACGUUAAUUAUUUUUAUUACUAACUGGAUUACCCAUAUAACAUAAAUGUUACGGUUUCUACAUUUAAGGAAAAAAUUAUUCUUUUGCGUUUGAAAAUUUCAGCUAUUUAUUGAGAAGCAUACAUACGAUAUUCACUUAACCUAACGUAUUCUUAUCUUAGGUUUAUAAUCAUUUAACUAAAAAUACAUUUUUUCUAACGUAGUUUUUGCGUCAUUUGUAUCUUAUGAUACAUUCUAUAAUUUAGGACUUGGUACUAUAAUUAGAUUCUCAACAUACCUAACUCUACAGUUAUCUUUUAUUUUUCGGAGUUUUAAAAAAUAUUAUGUAGUAUGCUAUAAGCGACUACUUAUAUGUUGUAUACUUUUUUAACCGAAUAUUGUCAUUUGCUGACUUUUAGUCAUGAAGUAUGUUUUGUAUGCCAUUAUCUUAAUACUUUUUCGUAACCAACGACACCAUCUUGGUAAAUCAUCAACUGUUAAUAGACCAAGGUGUUCCAUGAACAACAUCUGUCGAUUGACAAUAGCAAAACUGUUAUAUCGAUUUUUAUACCUUGUAAAUAGUUAUCUAUAUAAGAAACAAAGUUUGAAUUUUGCAAUGGGAAUGUUGACUAAAACUAUUAAAAGUGCUUUUUUCAAUACUAACUGCCACUAUUUUUUCUAAAAUGUAAAUAAAUUGAAAAAAUUUUAUACUAAAUUUUCGGUACGAAAUUUGAUAUUGCUCAAUAAUUGUGAAGACAAACAUUUAGAAUUCUAUCAAUUCACAGACUGGUUAUUUUUUUAUUUUUUAAGUAAUUUAUGUUUCUUUUUUGUUUAUUUUAUUUAUUUUUAAUUAACCACUAGCAUGACAUUUCUUAACCCAAAAGAUCUAUUUCUAACGCUUUAAUUCUUUUUCAGUUGGAGAAUCCGUUGUUGAUAGAUGGUAAAGCUGCAUCAAAAUGGCUCCAUGCUUUUUAAAAAACUACCUUAUAUAAUAUAUUAUUUUGAAAAAAGACUCCGCUGGCUUUUAAUUUUUAUUACGUUUUUUUGGAAGUCCCCAGCUUCCGAUUCCCGUUUUUCCGCUAGUUGAGUCGCAAUUUAUUUUUUUAAGACUUAUUAGUAAAAUUUUCGAAAGCUUUAUUUUUUAUUUGCUCCUAUUUUUCGUUUUUCGAUUCAACCUGAAACCUGUGAUUUGGUUUAAAGGCACGUUUAUUUAAUAUAAUAAGGUCUUUGUAUGAAUCCCUGGUGUCAGUUCAAAAAUAACAAUUUACUUACGAAAUUAUAUGAUCAGUAACAACAGCAUUGUGAUAAAAUGCCGUAUACUAUGCGGAUGGUAAUAUUGGAAGGCACAAACACAGUAAAUGUCAAGAGUUCGGAACUAGCACUGGAGUUGUCAUACACAGACUUAGAUUAAUAACGAAAUGUACAUAUAUCUAAGGUUAAAUUAAAAAUUGUUAUUGUUUUUGCUCCCAACGUGGUGUAAAACGUUAAAAUCUACCUUUUGAGAUCAGCACGGACCGAGAUUCAAAAGAGAGGGGGAUGUAGCCUCCUCGCCCUCCCCCUGAUUGUUGUUGCGCCACGUUGUUCGUUAGUUUAGUUCAUAUUUCAGCCACGAGUGUUAUUAAGUGGCUUCAUUUGGUUCAUUUCAGUUUUAAUUUAAAGGCCUUUAGUUGACCGUUACCAUUGCCACGCCCUCUAUUAAAGUAACUAUCGUCUGGGCUGCUGACAGUGCUAAAGAUCGAACAAAGGCAGCCAUUCUUUUUUGGAAAGAUAUAGACGGUUUGAGCUGGUCUCGACUGAGUUUGGCUGCACUUGUUUAGGCAGCCAAUGUAUAGUUAUACAUUGUAAUUUACAUCAGUUUUGUAAAACAAGAUUAUUUGUGUAAAUAAAGUUGACGGCUUUCUGGCUGUCUUAAGUU